UUGCAGGCAUGAGCCACCAUGCCCAGCCCCCUUUAGCUUUCCUGAAUUUCAGAUUCCUCUUUGAGGAAGUGGCACUAACAGUAUUAUCUUCUUUGAAGGGCCGCUGUGAAGGGACUACAUGACUCGAUGCAGGGACAGUGCCUGUUAGUUUGUUACAUGUUAGUUUCUUUUCCCUGGAUCUGAGCAAAGGAGCACCAGGGUGGAAGAGAUGGACUGUCCGGGACCUUGGGGGUUGGGGUCAGGGCCAGACAGCCUCACAAUGGUCUAGAACUCUCCCUCACUGUAGGUUCUCACCUACUUCAACUCCUCUCCCUGUCCCAGGGAGAGGAGGAAAGGUCUGGGAUGUGUCACCGGGAGGGACUGUCCCCCAGUAUUUCCUACGUCUUUCUUUACUGCUGUGCUUGAAGCUCCCAGAGGACCCCUCGAGAGGUGGUCACUGGCCCAAAGCCCACCCUGUCCUCCACCCGCCACCCGCACCGUACCAAAUGCUGGCUUUGCCCCCUCGACUGUGUUUGUCCUGUCGAGAAAGAUGGUUGUGGUCAUGAGGUUCUUCCGAUGGGUUAGAAGGGCUUGGCAAAGGAUUACUGGCUGGGUGAGUUUCCGAGACUGCUGUGUCCUCCUGGUGCACUGGGACGAGGGCAUGGGUCUUGGGCAGCCCCCUACGGCAUGGGCUCCCUCCCUUUCUGGCCUCCUAUGGCCAAACAAGACGGGGUGGAGAGGAGGGAAAGGAUAGCUGGGGAGGGACCGGAGGAGAAGAAAGAGAGGCCAGGAAACUCACUGCUCCAUCCCUUUUGUGCCUUUUCUUCUGUGGAUGGUGGUGUCUGCCCCGCCCCCCUCUCCUGCCUCUCCUCUCUGUGUCUUUGUUCUCAGAUUUUCUUCUGGAGACAGAAAAUGAAACCAACGAUGUUAGAACACCCUGCCUCCAAGAAACACUCAUUGAAAAAGGUGAAGACUCUCCAGGUGUCUGAGACUUUGAGGUUGGUCGAGCCCCUCAAAGAGGCUAAGCUCGAGUUGGGUGAGUCCCCUGAGCUGCCAGAUGCCUGCGUGUUGGCCAAGACCGCAGAGGGGACCGAGGCGGAGCUGGGCCGACAGGGCCGAUCCCUGCUGCGGCUGCCCAGGAUGGCCGUCAAGUCUGUCUCCAUGCUCAUGGUUUCCGCCCUGCAGAGUGGCUGGCAGAUGUGCAGCUGGAAGUCAUCGGUGAGUUCUGCCUCAGUUAGCUCCCAAGUGAGGACUCAGUCACCUUUGGAGACGCCGGAGGCUGAGAUGCUGUGGGAGGUGUACCUGGUGCUGUGGGCCAUUCGGAAACAGCUGCAGCAGCUGUCCCGCAGGCAGGAGAGGCGCAGACGGCACCACGUCCGAUGCCACGCUACCCCGAGACCCAAGCCGGUUCAGUCCCUGAAACUGGAUGCCCAAAGUCCCCUCUAGGGGUGAUCCCCAGACCCUCAGAGAGUCCCGACCUCACUCUUAGUCAGGUUGAUGGGAGGGGUCAGGGCAGCAGGCCAGAAGUUGUGGGUGAGGAGAUGCUUUAUAGAGUCACCUCUCAUCGGGAGCCCAAGUCCAGGCCUGGGGUCCCAUAUGAGCCCCUUCAUUCCAUCUAUUCCAUUUGUAAAAAAAAAAAAAAAAAAAAAAUCAAAACA